CAUUUUUUGCCUUCAAUUCAUUUGUGUAAUACAUCUAUAUCGCUUGGUCGAUACAAGUGUCUGUUCAAGUUCAAGUCUAAAUCGAGACGUUUCAGUUUAAUAACAAACUAACGUGUAAGAAGUAAAGCCGGUUCCGAUAAGAAGCUGUUACAAUAUGAUUUUUAUAAUAGUUUCCGCUGUUGUUACCGUGUUAAUUAUGGCAAUGUUGGGAAGGAUAUCAAAUUUCUUUGGUAAACCAAGUAAUCUGCGAAGCAGCAAUCAGUUGCAAGUAGAGUCCAAAUAUUCAAAAGCGAGCGAUAAGACUGAUAACACAGAUAAGUCUCAUUCGUUUUACCGAAAUUGUGAAAAAGCAACCACAGAGCCGAUAACAGGUGAUAUCACAGGCUCAAUUCCCAAAUGGCUCAGAGGAACACUCAUUCGUAAUGGAACCGGAAUCACAAAAGUAGGAAAUGAUGAGUACACUCAUCUGUUUGACGGUCUGUCUAUUCUUCAUCGUUAUCAUAUCGACGAUGGAACAGUCACCUACACUAGCCGGCCACUAGAAAGUGACACUUACAAGAAGAACAUGGCUGCAAACCGGAUUAUCGUAUCUGAGUUCGGUACCAUCGGAUUUCCGGAUCCUUGUAAAACACUUUUCCAAAGAUUGCAGUCGGAUUUCAGUUCUCUUUUGUUGAAAAAGGUUGAUGUCACCGAUAAUUGCAGUGUCAGCGUCGGUUAUUACGGUGACCAGUUGUAUGCUAUGACGGAAACGAAUGCAAUGCGACGUAUUGACUCGAAAACGCUGGAAACAAUUGGCGAUAAAACUGUUCUUACUAAGUACGUUGCAAUAAAUCAUGCCACUGCACAUCCUCAUGUAUGUGAAGACGGAACAGUGUACAACCUUGGAAGCAGUUAUCAGAGCAAAAAGGGACCGCACUACGUGGUGAUUAAGGUUCCACCGACUUUCGGGAGCAAAGAAACGAGUUAUGAAGGAGCCGAAAUCGUAGCUGAAAUUCCUUUUACUUAUAAAAGAUACCCAAGCUACUACCACAGUUUUGCCAUAACAAAGGACAAACUCAUUUUUAUCGAAGCACCACUUAGAUUGGACAUGCUUAGACUGGCAACAAUGGGUAUUACAAAGAAACCAUUUUCCUCUGCCAUGUCCUGGAAUACAAGCAUAAAGACGCGAUUUCAUGUGGUAUCGUUGACCGACGGCAAAAAUCACCCAGUUGUAUACGAAGCGGAUCCUUUCUUUACUUUUCAUCACAUAAAUGCUUACGAAGAGGAUGGCCAAAUUGUUGUGGAUGUGGCGGCUUACGAUCGUGGAGACAUGGUCAUCUUGCUACAGAGUUCUAAAGUUGACAAUGCAUCAAACACUGCCUAUGAAUCAUCCGCUCGAAGAUUCGUACUACCUUUAAAUGUCGACACUGCAUCAGAUAAUCAAAAUUUAGUGACAUUAAAAGAUUGUAAGGCAACUGCAACGAUGGUAAAAACUUCUGGUACCAAGCCAAAGGUGUACUUGUCACCUCAGAAUUUGACGAAGGAAUGGAUAGAUCUACCCCGUUUCAAUUACCAUUACAAUACCGAGAAAUACAACUACUUCUAUGGCGUUACAAGUUUAGGUGAACAAAACUGGUCAACGCCUGAACCCGACUCGCUAACCAAAGUUGACAUCAAAAACGAUAAAACGAUUGUUUGGGCGUCAAAAGAUGAGAUACCCAGCGAACCAAUUUUUGUAGCUAGACCGGGAGCUGUGGACGAAGAUGACGGGGUGUUGCUAACGGCUUUAAUGGAUAAACAUGAAGAAAAACGAGCCACACUGUUGUUAUUGGAUGCCAAGGAUAUGACUGAAAUGGCAAGAGUGAAAUUUCAAACCGCUGGUACAUUCACUGGUACGUUUCAUGGACAGUGGGCGAAUCAAGCGGAUAGAAUUCAUCUGUUCUAAUGGUGAGGGGAAGUGUAGAACUACUAAGCUAGUUUGUAAGUAUUAUGGAUGAUAAUCUGUUGAAAUACUCUUAAAUAAAUCAAGUUGGUUUUGUUGGAAA